UGUUGUAGCUUAUGCAGUUGCUCUGUUGCUAUGGAAACGUGACAUCAAAAUGACGUUUCCCGUUUAAAAGCUUUUAACUAAAUUCCUGCCUGUCAGAUGUAGGCCCCAUUUUGAGCGUGGAGCUGCCUUCGAGCGAGCGUGAGCGGCGCCUCCCGCCCAUGGUGCGUGGGGCCGGGCCGGGGGCCUCGCUGAGCCGCUCUCUCACCCCCCAGGCGCCUGGAGCAUGGCGGCGGCCGAGGGGCCCGGCUACCUGGUGUCUCCCCAGGCGGAGAAGCACCGGCGGGCCCGCAACUGGACCGACGCCGAGAUGCGCGGCCUCAUGCUGGUCUGGGAGGAGUUCUUCGACGAGCUCAAGCAGACCAAGCGCAACGCCAAGGUGUACGAGAAGAUGGCCAGCAAGCUCUUCGAGAUGACCGGCGAGCGCAGGCUGGGCGAGGAGAUCAAGAUCAAGAUCACCAACAUGACCUUCCAGUACAGGAAAUUAAAAUGCAUGACAGAUAGCGAGUCCGCCCCGCCCGACUGGCCCUAUUACCUAGCCAUUGAUGGGAUUCUGGCCAAGGUCCCCGAGUCCUGUGAUGGCAAACUGCCGGACAGCCAGCCGCCGGGGCCCUCCACAUCCCAGACCGAGGCGUCCCUGUCGCCGCCCGCUAAGUCCACCCCUCUGUACUUCCCGUAUAACCAGUGCUCCUACGAAGGCCGCUUCGAGGACGAUCGCUCCGACAGCUCCUCCAGCUUACUGUCCCUUAAGUUCAGGUCGGAGGAGCGACCGGUGAAGAAGCGCAAGGUGCAGAGCUGCCACCUGCAGAAGAAGCAGCUGCGGCUGCUGGAGGCCAUGGUGGAGGAGCAGCGCCGGCUGAGCCGCGCCGUGGAGGAGACCUGCCGCGAGGUGCGCCGCGUGCUGGACCAGCAGCACAUCCUUCAGGUGCAGAGCCUGCAGCUGCAGGAACGCAUGAUGAGUCUGCUGGAGAGGAUCAUCACCAAGUCCAGCGUCUAGGCCAGCAGGUGGCUGCGGUGGGGCCGGGCCACCCAGGGCAAGCCACUCAGGCCAGGCGGGCAAGGGGGCCGCCCCAUGAGAGGAGACCGCCUUCCACCUGGCCUCUGGCGGGAUGUCCCUUCUGAGGGGUGUUUUGAGGAACCCCCAGGCCCUGGGGACGGUGAGGCUCCAGUCUCCAGCAUGAAUGCCCUUCCUCAGACACAGGCCAGGGCCUCCGGGGGUCACUCUGAGUAAGAACAUCCUAGAGCCACUCUCCAGUGUCGUUACUAUCAAUAAUCUUGACAUGGCUUUGAUAUUAAAUGUAUACUUUUUCAUUCUUGCCUGGA